AACAAAACCAAAAAUGUUUUUUUGAAUUGCUUUAAUUAUUUCUCUUAAACCCACAAACCCAAACAAUGCUUCGGCCUCCGCCUUAUUCAAUAUAAACCAGAGCUUCUCAGCUCCUUCUGAUGGAAAAUAUUAUUGUUCAGUUUCGCCUCUGUAUAUAUAAGCAAAGACUGCACGUAUUUUUCCGACGAGGGGAGUUCACAAUUGGCUCAGGUAGGCGAUAAAUAAAUGUUUAAUCAACUGGGUAUCUCUAAAGGAUGAAUUGUAUGUCGUAGGGAAUGCAAAUGCAUUGUGAACGUUAUUCGUCAUUUGGGUCUGUAAGAGAAAUGGAAACAGUGUAUUCUUAGGAAGUAAAUAUUGGCAAAUCUUAUACUGGAUCAUUAUAAGGGCAUGAAACGCAGAUGAGCAAUAUUCCUUUUCUCGGUUAAUCAACAACGCUCCUCCUAGUUAUGUAAAAUUUACAUUUCUAUUAAGUUUAGAAGCCAAGUUCAAGGGAGUUAUAUUGUACCAUAAUUUAUGAGAUACUUCCGCGCUAUGCCGCCUUGUUGCACAUGAUUUUAACGCAGAAAGCAUGCCCAACUAGACUUAGACCCAGGUUAUCAUUAUGGCAGUUAGUACCUGAAUCAGUAGACCAUGGCCCUCAAGACUGAGCCAGAUAAAAUGUUUUUUCAGUGGCAAGAUGGAACAAUUAGAUACGGAUGGAGGAUAACUGAUCAAAGAUGAAUAGCUAUGUGAGAACCAAAUUCCAAGCUGUUUCUAGAAAGGCUAUGGAUUGGACUAGAAACAAAAAUACCUUCAGACUUGCUGUUGGCCCUGAGCUUCUCAAUGAGAAAGUGUUAGGAUGUCCAUCAAAACGAGUAUAUAAUGUGGCUGCUGCUUUGACUUACCCAGAGUUUGAAAAUGUGAUUCAAGAAGGAAUAUGGAGCAAUUACAAACUAUCUUAUGAAAAGACACCUGCAAUGAUGGAAGAAUGUCAUCAAAAUGGGGGUACAAUGGAAAGGGAGCAAACUGGGGCGAACACUGCAGAUUCAACUUUUCAAUCCCCAAUUGAAGUGUGUGCACCAUGUGGAGUGACAAGAGAAGGGAAAGAGCCUCUGAAAUUUCUUCCAUGUACUGUUCAUCAACAAAAUAUGUUUUUGGGUGGAUCUCUAAAUGCUUGUGAUGCAAAGAUUGAUGAGCAUGUUGAGGUACACAAAGAAAUGCAUAGCUCUGAAAUAUCUUCAAUGAUUCUUACCUAUAAUUUACUUCUUAUUGAAUGCAUCAAGUUGGGACAAUUGGACAAUGGUUUGAUGCUUAUUGAAGAAAUGACUCAGAAAGGUAUUCGUCCUUCUAUGAGUAGUUGUAGGGGGCUUUUGAGGAAAUAUUUACAGGCAGGGAAACUGGACACUGCACUAAAUGUCUUGGAAAAAAUGUUGGAGGUAAGGCUUUUCCCCACAACAUCAGCGAUUUAUAGUCUGUUACUUUGUCUUUGCAAAGAGGAAAAAUUUGAUGAGGCUUAUUACCUACUGAGUAUAUUAAUCAGCAAGGGAUUUUCUCCAAAUGCGUUUACUUACAAUGCAUUGAUUCUAGGUUUAUGUGAAUCAGGCAAGACUAUUAUUGCACUAAGGCUUUUUCGCUCCAUGAAGCAAAAAGGUUGUGCUACAAAUGUGUACACUUACACUGCUUUGGUCCAUGGCUUUAGCAAAGAAGGUAGAUGGGAGGAAGCUUACAGUCUCUUGCAUGAGAUGGGAUCCAAAGCUGUUAUUCCAAAUGUUGUAACACUUGAUAUAAUAGUUGAGGGUCUUUGCAAGCAAGGCAAAGUUGAGGAGGCCUGCACAGUCCUUGAUAUGAUGGUUGAGAAUAACUUUUCUGCAAAUUUGAUCACUUACAACAUAAUGCUUCAUGCUCUUUGUAGUGCUAGGAAGUUUCAGAAAGCAUGUCAGUUAAUGGAUCUUGUUUGUGAGAAAGGUCUUCUUCCUGAUCUAUAUACUUACACUACUAUCAUAGAAUGUCUCUGCAAGGCAGGCCAAGUCAUAGAGGCCCAUAGGUUGCUGCAACAUCUGUUUGCAAAGGGUUGUGUUCUUGAUAUUGUUACAUGUAAUGUUCUCUUGAAUGGUUUAUGCCAGAAAGGUAGAUUGGAUGAAGCUUAUGCAUUCCUGCGAGAUGUGGAAUGCAAGGGUUUUUGUCCUAAUUUGGUUACACACAAUACAUUGCUGAAUGGUUUGUGCAAGACACAAAAAUUUCAGCAAGCAUUUCAUCUUUUUGUUCAGCUGCCUGCAAAAGGCUGCAGUCCUGAUAUUGUUUCUUAUAACAUAAUGAUUUCUUCACUUUGCAAGGAAGGCAAAUCUCUGACAACUGUGAAACAGCUUUUAUGUAAGAUGUGUGUUGAAGGUUGUAUGCUAAAUGUAAGGACUUUCACUUCUUUAAUAUAUUAUUAUUGUAAGGUUGGAAAACUCUGGAAGGCCUUUAAGCUGUUGAAUUGCAUGCUGAGAAAAGGUUGUCUUCCUACUGUUGUUACCUACAAUGUAUUAUUGGAUAGCCUUUGUAAAGAAGGGAGAUUACAAGAAGCAAGCAAGCUUUUCAUUGAUAUGUGCAAGCAAGGAUGUGUUCCAGAUCGCAUUUCUUACAACAUAUUGAUCCAUGCAUUUUCUAUUUCAGGCCAGAUGUCAACAUCAGAUACAAUCCUUAGGGAUAUGUGCUGCAAAGGUUGGACACCAGAUGUUUUAACUUAUGGUGCUUUGAUCCGUGGCUAUUGUAAGGUAGGUAGAGUAACUAAAGCACUUGAGAUUUACGGUCAAAUGCCAGUGAAUGGAUGCCUACCAAAUAUGUCCAUUUGUAAUACCUUGUUAUAUGGUGUAUGCAAGGAAGGUAAAGAUCAUCAAGCAUACAAAAUUUUAGUAGACAUGACAGUUCAUGGACAUUGUCCUGACAAGGUCUCUUAUUGUAUAGUAAACCAAAUACAUUCUAAGGAAGGCAGAUUGUCUGAAUCAUUUGAACUGCUAAAUCAUUUGAUGGAUCAUGGUUGUUCUCUACUCAACGAUCAGAGUUACAAAGCAUAGAAGGCAAGCAUAUGAGUUCAUCCACGCACUGAUGAUGCAGAAUAAGUUGCACUCUAUGGAAUCUGGGAUACCUGGAUUUUUAUGUACAAAAACACAUAAUGGCUUCACAAUAGUUUGGACAACAAAAUUGAUCAAACGGCCAUAUGUGUGCAUCUAUGAGAGAUCUGCUAAUGAUUAUCAAAGUGCCAUUUACAUACGAGAGCAUAUUCUGAAGAAAGACUUUGAUCCAGGAUCAGCAUUGUUGUUUUUAAGGGAUAUGUUGAUGUAGAAGCGCUCUCUAUAAUCUUAUCAAUCAUUAAUGGGAAACCUGCACCUGGAAGGAAGUUUAUGGUUUUCUGCUUCAGUAAUUGAACAUUGAUAUUUGAGAAAAAAUUCUUGUUUCCACCCUCUUCAAUAUUUCUGGCAAUUUCUGCUUUAGAGUUCCUUUUGACCUUCUCUUAUCAAAUUAAUAAAGACUAUACUCAAGCACCUGUAUUAUUCCAGAUUCCACAGACUUGUGAUGAUGAAUAAUUUGUGCUGUACAGAGCUUGGUCUAGAUGGACCUCUAUUCCAAAAAAUACUCAUGUUGGCUAUUGAACAGUUUGGAGAUCAAUAGCCUUGUUACAAACACUGCUCACUAAAGUGUCAACAAGGUUUAAGUGCAGCUCCUAAAAGUAGAGUUUGAUGCAGAAGUGCUGUUGUUAUACCAUGAUAAAAGGAGGAGACCUGCGACUGGAAGCCCCUCUAUGGAUUCGUGCUUCAUUACCAGUUUCCAAAGUUUAUAACAAAAGGAAUCAUGGCUAGGAACUUCAAUGAUGUACAACGAAAAGGAUGAAUAUUCAAUGAGACAUGAAGGAUAAACAUCAAGGACUUCACAAUGUGAAGGACCAAUGGAGAGGAUUACUCUACAACGUGAAAGACUAUACAACAUUGACAUGCAAGUAAUCAAGUUCAAGGAAGAUUAAUGAAAAGAAGAUCAACAUUGCAACAUGAAGACUCAACAACGACAAGACGAUCAAGGAUCUCAAGGAUGAGUAUGGCAAUGCGAAGACAACAACUACAAAAAGAAGAAGCACAACUUGAGGCUUCUCAACCACCUCCAAGGGCGGCUUCUCCUACCAAAGCACAACUUGAGGCAACCGAACAACAACAAACAUCAUCCCAGAUGCAGGAACAAGCUCUUGCAACAUGAGGAUCUUCAUCUGGAGAUUAGGAUAAUACAGAUGUCCCACAGUGGCUGCAGUUCAAUUUCCAAAUGAAGAAGAAAACAGUUUUGUAGAGAAUAAGUAUGCAAGAUAUGAUUACGGAGCUUCAAACAUCUAGGAAAGUCAAAAGGGCUAGGACUCUCUUCUCAACCUCUAGGAAUGAGCAAGGAGAGAUGGUUGUAGACAUUGCCUCUCCAGUAAUUGAUAAGGAUGAUAGAGAGAUUACUCCCUCAGAUUAUCAAGUCUCCCGGGUGAGUCUUUGAAGACAAACUAAGUGGGGAGAAGAGACUACCCUUGAUGCUGUAGUAGAGACAAUAAAGUUGAGAAUUCAGAAAGAUCAUUGCUCUAAGCAAGAGCUAGAGUCUCACAUUGCACAAUAUGGGCUGCUUGUUAAAGACCUUAUUGCACCCUUGACUUCUCAAGCUGCAGGUGUACAAAUGCCAUCACUAAUUCCUCAAGUAGAGAUAGACUCUCUUUAUGCAAAGAAGACUAAGGCUAUAGUGUUGGAUACUUGGGCAGCAGAGCAACUAACUAAGAUAAGGUCAUUUUUGAUUAACUCUUAUAAGGUGUAUGAGGAAGCCUGCCAAGUAGAAGACGAGAUAUCUCUAGAUGCCAGCAUAUGGGAUAAGGAAUCCCAAAAUCUCCAAAAAUGAAUUGACUUGAUCAAAGAAAUUAAGGAGUUGAAUGAGGAGGAAAUCAAAGAAGCAGAUAUCCUAGGAGAGGAAUUCAAGUUAGAUGUCACAGAGAGGUGCAGGACCGAAAUGGUAAAAGUGUCAUUAUCCUAUGUUGAAUGAGCAUCAGGCGUUCGAAGAUUACAUAACAAUCUAUAUAGGUGCUCUUCUUCUCAGGUCAGACUUGGACAAGCUAGAUACAAUAGAGGUCAUUCAUGCUCAAUGGGACAAGUUGGUGGAGGAGAAAUUCAGUCCAAGUAGGAAGUUUGAUGUGCAAUUCAUGAAUAACUGUUUGGAGUUAAUUGUUGCUACUGAACAAGCUACAAGGGUAGUGGCUGCUUUGGAGGACACGUGGUAAAUUAAAAGAAGCAGUUGAAGUUGCCAAGUUUCAUAUUGAUUGGAUAGAUGGGCCUGUGGAGGAGCCUCUUAGUCAAUGUUUGGAAAGUAAUUGGGAGUACAAGAGAUGGCUUAAGCAAGCUCCCUCAUGAAAUUUAAAUUUUUGUAUUUAUCAUUCUUUCCAUCAACUGGGGGAGUCAAGUUUCAGUUAACUCUCAGUAGUGACAUGGCAACCUCAUCUUUAUCCCGUGAAGGCGUCCUUAGUGCGACCAGUGAAUUGUAGUCCAAAUAGAAAGUUUCUUCCUUCAACAGUUCGGUUUCCUUUUCUCUGCAUGCAUGCGUUUCAACUGCAGUAACCACAAGUCGUGAAGGCAAGUUUGAGAUGUCAACUUUCAGUUCCAGCGCAUGGUCUUCUUUUUGGUGACCUACUUGCAUGUUGGCUGUGCUUCCUAGGAAAUAGGGAAUUUUGAGGUCUCCUCCUGUAAAUGUAGUUUCUCAAGUCAUCUUCAAGGUUCACGAAUUGAUGAUUUGAGGUCCAUAGUAUAGCAUAGUGAAUUUAUUUGAGCUUUCAAGUAUUUUCUUUGUUUAAGACACAUUUUGUGAAGGUUGUGAAUCUGAAAUACUAGUGAUUUGCUAGUAUCUUUUCAA